UUUGACCUUAUUUCAUUGACUCAUAAAGUUAUAAAUACACCACUACAACUUUCACAUGACAAACCAAACAAAAUAAACUUGCAAAAAAUUGCUUAAUGGCGAACCAAAUACCAAAAUGUUUCUGUUUCCUUGCAGUCUUGGUUUUAGUUGCUACGGUGCAAUUAAUAGAAGUAGAAGGUAGUUGCACAAAAAUUGUUGGACGAUGUUCUGCAGGAGAUUGUGCGACGCAUUGUAAUACCUAUGCAAAUGGUGCUCGUGUGUUAGGAACUUCAUGUUCUUACCACAACUUAUGCACUUGUACUUUUGAUCGUCCUCCACCAGGAUCACAACAACCUGCUUGCGACAUUGGGAUGGGAGAAUGCACUCGUGAUUGUUAUAACGAUUGUUGCAAUCAAAGGUGUAAAAACGUAUAUAAGAAAACGGGUGCUGGAAGUUGUCUUGAUAUCUUUGAUAUGGAACUUUGCGUUUGUACCUAUCAACGUUGAGCUUUAUCUUUUUUUAAAUAAAUAUAAUAAAUAAAUUUAUUAUUAAUAAAUUUUUAUUUUCCUUUUAGCUUUUA